AUGAGCGAACUAGAAGGUACAAUUAGACAAGCUAAAGAAGCUCUCUCUGAAAAUAAUGCCAAAAAGGCUCUCAAAAUAUUGAAACCGUUCAAAAGUUCAUUGAAGAAGGAAAAUGCAGACAAUGUGAUACUGAAUGAAGUGUUUGCAGAUGCAUACCUAGAUAAUGGACAAGUAGAGAAAGCCUAUCCCAUCUUAGCACGUGCCUGUGAAUUAGAUCCUGAGGGACAAAUUGGCGGGCCCGACAAAUUCUUCACCAUGGGCCAAAUCAUGGGUGGACAGGAUGGUGUGUCGAUAAUAACCCGUGGAAUAAUGAACAUAUCUAAUAUUGGUGAAACGUUAACCAACGACCAUGUUGAAAAAAUUGUGGGCGGACUGCUUUCCAUGAUUGAAAUUUGGAUGACAGAUUUAUGUAUGGAGCCAAACGCAGAAGAGCAGUGCGAGGAGUUAAUACAAAAAGCGAUGGAACUCACAGAAGGAAAAUCCCCUGAAACAUGGUCCACCUUAGGUUCUAUCAAAAUUUCACAACAAAAAUUUGGAGAGGCCUAUGAAGCAUUCUCUCAGGCUUGGAAUUUCUUUGACUUGAAGAAGCAGGAAAUUGGUAGUGGUAUAAAUGGAAACGGCGACGCAACUCAAAGAACUAGUUUACAGUCAGAGUACGUAGAUCUUUUGCAACCUCUUUUAUCCUUAACAAAGAUGUGCCUUGAAGUAGGUGCCUACGAAGUCGCAUUGAAAGUUAUUGCCGCAGUUAGGGAUAUUGAUGAAGAUAACAUAGAGGGUUAUUACCUAGAGGGUUUUACUUAUUAUUUAAUGAGCAAAUUAGAGAUUUUCAAGUUGAAAAAUCCUGAAGUAAGCCUGCGUCCAGAAAAUAUAUACGAGUUUAAUCAGCUCAUUCAAGAAGUUCCUUUGGAUUUAUCCCAUGAACUAAUCUCCCAGUUUAUCUAUGACUCAAGGUUAGCGUUAAGUUUUGCAUUACAAGCGGGUGCCAAUGCUGAUAGCAAAGAUGAAAUUGUGCAAGAAUUAUUGGGCGGUGCAACCGCUUUACUCCAAGAAAUUGGUGGUCCUCUAGAUCCAAGAGAAUUAUCACAAAUCAGAAAGGGAGAAUUAGUGAAUGAGAACGAAGACUUGGAAGAGUUGGAUAUAGAGGAAGAGUGUUCUGACUAG